GUCAGAUUCAACGAGGAAAGGAAAAUGUCGCUGGCGAGCUUUCUACCCGCGCCCACUCAGCUGUCCCAGGAUCAGCUGGAGACAGAAGAGAGGGUCAGAGCCCAGAGGUCUCAGUCCACAGCACUGGUGUCCACUCGCAGAGAACCCGCGCCCUAUGGUUCCAGAAAAGGAUGGGUUCCCCGAAGUCUCGAGGAUUUUGGCGAUGGAGGUGCAUUCCCAGAGAUCCAUGUGGCUCAAUACCCACUGGAGAUGGGAAGGAAGAAAAAGACCUCCAAUGCCCUCGCUUUGCAGGUGGAUGCUGAAGGCAAAAUCAAAUACGAUGCCAUUGCUCGCCAAGGCCAAGGGAAGGAUAAGGUCAUAUUCAGUAAAUAUACAGACCUGCUUCCUAAGGAAGUUCUCAGUGAAGAUGCUCCAGAACUACAGAGGCCAGACGAGGAAGCUGUUAAAGAGCUUACAGAGAAGACUAGAGCUGCUCUAGAAAAGCAGGUCUCUCAGAAGAUUGCUGCUGCCAUGCCUGUACGUGCUGCAGAUAAACAGGCCCCAGCGCAGUACAUACGGUACACACCCUCCCAGCAGGGAGUGGCUUUCAACUCGGGGGCCAAGCAGAGAGUUAUUCGCAUGGUGGAAAUGCAGAAAGACCCAAUGGAGCCGCCACGAUUUAAGAUUAAUAAGAAGAUUCCUCGUGGCCCUCCCUCCCCUCCUGCCCCAGUCAUGCACUCCCCCAGCAGAAAGAUGACUGUAAAAGAACAACAAGAGUGGAAGAUUCCUCCCUGCAUUUCAAACUGGAAGAAUGCAAAGGGUUACACCAUCCCACUUGACAAACGCCUGGCAGCUGAUGGAAGAGGCCUUCAGACAGUCCACAUCAAUGAAAAUUUUGCAAAGUUAGCCGAGGCUCUCUAUAUUGCAGACAGAAAGGCCAGAGAAGCAGUAGAGAUGCGAGCUCAGGUGGAAAAGAAGAUGGCACAGAAGGAGAAGGAGAAGAAAGAGGAGAAGCUCAGGGAGCUGGCAAAAAUGGCCCGAGACCGGAGAGCAGGGAUCAAAGGUCACGCAGACAAAGCAGGUGGUGAGGACACUGAGGUUAGGGAGCGUGAUGAGAUCCGUCAUGAUAGGCGGAAAGAGAGACAGCAUGACAGAAACAUCUCCAGAGCUGCCCCUGAUAAGAGGUCUAAACUGCAGAGGGAUCAGGACAGAGACAUCAGUGAGCUGAUUGCACUGGGUCAGCCUAAUCCUCGUAUCUCCAGUGAGGCUCAGUACGAUCAGAGGCUCUUCAACCAGAGCAGGGGAAUGGACAGUGGCUUCGCUGGAGGUGAGGAUGAGACAUAUAAUGUGUAUGACCAACCCUUCAGGAGUGGCAGAGACAUGGCCCAAAACCUCUACAGGCCCAGCAAGAAUCCUGAUAAGGAUAUGUAUGGAGAUGACCUGGACACACUCAUGCAGAGCAGCAGGUUUGUGCCUGAUCGGGAGUUCUCUGGCACUGACCACGGUCCACGCAGGGAUGGACCUGUCCAAUUUGAGGAGGAUCCUUUCGGUCUGGACAAAUUCUUGGAGGAGGCCAAGCAACAUGGUGGUUCCAAAAGACCAUCCACCAGUGGGCGCUCUAAGGACUAUGACCAUGAGAAAAAGCGCAGGAAGGAGUGAGGCGCUUCCUGUGACCAUUACUUUCGGUUUCACACCAGCUUUCAUGUCAAGCCAUAGGGAAAGAUGAUUUUUGUAAUGUCUUAUUUGGUCACCAACAUGCCAUACAAAGGACAUUUCUUUAUUGAAGUUAGCCCUUUAUUGGUUUUAAGGCAGAUAAUAGUGCAUACAGCUAAUGUUUUUUCUUGGUUAUUAGGUAUGUUGUAGAAUGUGAUAGGCCCAUACAUAAUAUCAUUUCUUAUGUUAAUUUUAAUUUUACAGUGAAAAUUGUAGAUGUUUGGUUUUUUUUAUUUUUUCCCAUAAGGAACGUGUUUUUGGAUUCAGUUUAGGAAGAACAUAAACUCCUGUACAUCAAAAACCACAUAAUAAAUUUAACAUGGAUCUAAAAUG